AUGCGCCUCAGCUAUACCACGGACAGCAUAAGCAACACUACCCUCGUCGAUGACGCGGAUCGCCCGCUGUACACGACGACGUCAAGCACCAUCGGCGGCAAGACCGAGCUGACGAAGUUCGACCAGACGCCGGACGCGGUGACUCUGGCUACGAUGCACUUGCACCAAAGCUGGGAAUCUGACACUAUCACGAUCAACGGACAGCAGCGCCUGGCGAUGGAUUACCUGAUUAAGCCUUCGCGGUGGUCACGCCGUAGAACCUUUACAUCUACUAGCGGUCGCGCAUAUGAGUGGACGCCAAAUGGAAAUGUAUGGAAGCUCUGUCUUCAAGACGGCAGAGAGGUCGGUCGCUCUCACACUCGUUCGUUGAGAUUGCCAGGGGGAAAGAAGCACAAGCCUUACCUCGAGUUCAACGACAAUCCGGACAUCUUGAACGACCUCGAUGAGCUGGUUGCGACGUUUGUAUACGUGCAGGUCAGGCGAGAGAAGGCUCGGCGAGCAGGUUCUUCAGGUGCGGCCGCUGGGGUAGCUGUGACCGUUUAG